AUGACAUCUUCAUACAAAGACCUCGCCGCGCAGAAACGCAGGGACCAGCUAUCCCUAAUCCCAGACGAAUGGCGCCUCGAUCCCAUCACAUCGAUCGAAUCAACCCCCAACGCCCUACCAUACCUCCGACGCAUGUUGACACCCACCGAACUCUCUCUCACCGAGGAGACCGACAUCAACAUUCUGCUCCAGAAGCUGCACACAAGACAGCUCUCGUCCCUGGAACUAACGAAGGCAUUCGCCAAGCGCGCCGCCCUCGCUCACCAGCUGACCACCUGCUGCACGGAGAUCUUCUUCAACGAAGCCUUCGACACAGCGACCCAACUAGACCAGCACCUCGCAACCACCGGCCGCCUCGUCGGCCCCCUCCACGGCCUCCCCGUCUCCAUCAAGGACCUCUUCUCCGUGGAAGGCGUCGACACAUCCAUCGGCUGGGUCGGGCUCACAAACAAGCCCGCCCACGCCGACAAGACCGUCGCAACGACGCUCCGCCGCCUCGGCGCCGUGCUCUACGUGAAGACCAACCUCCCGCAGUCGAUGAUGAUGUCGGACUCGUACAACCACGUGUUCGGACAGUGCGUGAACCCGCUCAACCGCGGGCUCAUCUCAGGCGGCAGCUCAGGCGGCGAGUCCUCGCUCGUCAGCGCCCGAGGCAGCGUGCUGGGCAUCGGCACGGAUCUGGGCGGCUCGAUUCGCAUCCCGGCGGGCGUGUGCGGGAUGUAUGGCCUUUCGCCGAGCCCGGGGAGGCAUCCGUAUGAGAGGGGGAAUCCCGGACAAGAUAUCGUGCGCUCUGUCGCCGGCCCCAUGACGAAUAACCUGGCCAGCAUCGAGCGCUACAUGCAGGCCUUGCCGGCCGUCGAGCCCUGGAUGAUCGAUCCGCAUGUCGCGGCUGUGCCGUGGCGCUCGCAUCUCGCCUCCGUCGGGGCCAGGCGGCUGAAGAUCGGGUUCCUGGUCGACGACGGGGUGGUGAAGGUGCAGCCUCCGAUAGCGAGGGCCGUGCGAGAGGUCGUGGAUGCGUUGAAGGCCGCGGGUCAUGAGGUCUUCGAGUGGGACGCUUCUUCACACGGCCACGCCUACUCCCUCUGGCUGAAGGCCGUCUGCUCGGACGGCGGCGAGGGAUGUCGCAAGAAGACGGAGUUGAGCGGCGAGCCCCUGAUCCCGGGGAUGUUGGUCGGGAGCGAAGCGGAUCUGCUGACGACGUCGCAGACGCAUCAAGUAAUCUUCCCUCCCUUCCCUUGUCUAGAUCCAGUCCCUACCAUACAAUCCAACCCAACCCAUCUUCCCAACAACCAAACAGGUUCCACUAACACCCCCACCCAGCUCCACGCCGACAAAUACGCCUACGAAACAAGCUACCUCAGCCAAUGGGUCACCAGCGGGAUCGACGCGCUCAUCAUGCCCACCAGCACAUGGGUCGGCUACGCGCCGGGGACCUGGACCAGCGGCGCCCAAUACGUCGGGUACACGAGCAUCUGGAACCUGCUGGGGUAUGCGGCGCUGGCGGUGCCGGUGACGACUGCGUCGAGGGCCAAGGACCAGCCGGAUGAGGACUGGAGGGCGCAUGUGCCCAGGAACGAGAGUGAUCGGUUUACAAGGGAGCAGUAUGAUAUUGAGCUUGUCGAGGGGAUGCCGGUGGGCGUGCAGGUUGUUGGAGGUCGGUAUGGGGAUGAGAUGUGUGUUGCGGUGGCGAAGGUGAUUGAGAGGGUUAUGGGGGGUCAUUUCUCGGCGAAGUUGUGAGGGGAUGUCAGUUGCUCAUAUAUUCUUGGGUCUGAUAUUCAGGAACGCAGUUCUUAG